UCCUAUAGCCUAAUAAAUAAUCAGAAAAUAUCAUUCAUGUAUCUUUGGCAAUGAACUGUGAAAACACUAGGCUGCAGAAACACGGUAGUGUUAAUAUGGAUUGCCACCGACCACUUUAGCUGUAAUUUAGAAAUGAAGAAAGAUGUGCCUAGUGUCACAAAAUGAGUGACAGAGUGGAGAGCAGUUCCCUGCAAGCUUUCACAUGGAGUCAGAUUCCUCUUACUAUAACACAACAGCCAGGAUAGCUAAUUGCCCGAAGAAACGUAGUGGAAAAUGCAAAACAACGAAAUUAUAAAACCUGCCAAAUACUUCUCAGAAUUGGAAAAGAGCAUCUUGCUUGCAUUAGUAGAAAAGUAUAAAUAUGUGCUGGAAUGUAAGAAAAGCGAUGCACGAACUAUUGCCCUCAAGCAACGUACCUGGCAAGCACUUGCCCACGAAUAUAACUCCCAGCCGAGUGUCUCGCUGCGGGAUUUCAAACAGCUGAAGAAGUGCUGGGAGAACAUCAAGGCUCGGACCAAAAAAAUUAUGGCCCAUGAAAGGAGAGAGAAGGUGAAGCGGAGCGUCAGCCCACUUCUGAGCACGCACGUCCUGGGGAAGGAGAAGAUUGCCGGCAUGCUGCCCGAGCAGCUGUACUUCCUGCAGAGCCCGCCGGAGGAGGAGCCCGAGUACCACCCCGACUCUGCUGCCCCAGAAUCAUUUGCUGUUUCAAAUAGAGAACUGUGCGAUGAUGAGAAAGAGUUCAUACAUUUUCCAGUAUGUGAGGGGACCUCUCAACCUGAACCCUCGUGUUCAGCUGUCAGAAUAACAGCCAAUAAAAACUACAGGAGCAAAACCUCUCAGGAAGGUGCUUUAAAAAAGAUGCAUGAGGAAGAACACCAUCAACAAAUGUCCAUCUUACAACUGCAGCUGAUACAAAUGAAUGAGGUGCAUGUGGCCAAAAUCCAGCAGAUAGAGCGAGAGUGUGAGAUGGCAGAGGAGGAACACAGGAUAAAAAUGGAAGUGCUCAAUAAAAAGAAGAUGUAUUGGGAAAGAAAACUACAAACUUUUACCAAGGAGUGGCCUGUUUCCUCAUUUAACCGGCCCUUUCCCAAUUCACCCUGAGACUUCGGGGGUGGUUCCUUGUAAUUAAAUCUUGUGUGGCAAAGUCUGGAACAUGAACUUGGGGUCAGUAACCUGUAACGGAGCUAUGACUAGGAAAAUUAGAGGGGUAGUAGUCAUUUAUUUAAGAAUACAUUCAGGUAAACAGCUGUACCCUGUGUUCUCCUUACCUGGCAAAGAAGCUGUUAUAGUUUUCUGAAAAUUACCACUAUGAGUGCUAUAAUUCUGAAUGUAAUGUCUCAAUUAGAAUUCAUGUAAGAAACAUGUGUGAGUGUUGUAUUUUUUAAAAAUCAAAUGCAAGUGUGACUAUAAAGAAGUAUGGCUGAUUUUUUCCCCCUUAAACAGGCAGCUCAACUUUUCUAUCUCGUUGAAUGCCCUGACUUUGAAAGUGGCUGUCCUGGAUAUCAUACCCUUCGCCAGAGAUGAUUCUGUUGCUAGAAAUUGCUAGAGAUCUGUGGGGAAUUUCAGGUUCUGAAAAGCUCAACAUUUGGGAGGAUAUUUUCUAAUGUAGCUCUGAAACUGUUUUUUAAGGUUUUUCUUCAAAGCAGAGUUCCAACUAAUAUCUUCAGCAAUGGUAGUUUUGUUAGAACUAAGGAUGUAAUAAUUUUAAGGGAGAAAUGUUAGUUUAAGUGUCUACAUUCUAUUUGUUUUAUUAAAAAAAGACUUCCAAUUUUAUAGUCACACUGUGUAUGUUUUUAAAAGAUGCUGCCUUCUACUCUGAGCUCCAGUUUUUGCCUCUUUUGACCUCUCUCCAGCUUUGGACCACUGAGUUAAUGAUCAUCCUUUCUCUUAGACUUUAGCUUCCUAAGGAAAGGGCCUUCCCUCACCUUGCUCAUGGUCUUAGCUGAUAGUAAUGGUAUGUAGCUGGCAUUACAUCGUCAGCAUGGGCUUUUUGAGAACCCAUUACCACAUAUUUGGAAAUAUGUAUUAAUAAAUAGAUAUUUUGAUUGAACUGUGAUGCAGCUUUUCGUAGCAGAGUGGUAAAAACAGUCUUGAGAGUUGGGGGCAGCAGUGGCGGAAAGAAGCACAGUGGCAAUUAAGUGCCAAGCCAGAUCAGCAGUUUCUGAGAAUGAGAUUGCAAGGCCAUAAGCAAGGAGGUGUGUGGCAGAGGUUGUGUGGGAGGCAGCCAGACUGGGAUCCAGAGCCUGAGUUCUAAGCCAGGCUUUGCCCAAGUUGCCGCAUCUCCUUGGGUAACUCCUUAAAUCCUUUGUGUGUCCCAGAACAAGGGAAUUAGACUAGAUAAUGUUAAGAGUCUGCUUCAAACUCUUGGCCCUCAUAUGGUUUGUGUAAUCUUGGGUGGGUACUGCUAACAUCAUGAUUUCUUGGAUGGGACAGGCCAAUUGGGAACAGUGUUCUGCAUUGGCCAAAUUUUCUCCUUCAUAAUAUUGGAAUUUGCACCCUGGAGACUGUAAGUUCUGUAAGGUACAUAUAGACUCAUGAUUUGGGACCUGCAUAACAUUUAAAUGGAUAUCUAUUUUCUACACUGAAUCAUAUUUUAAGUAUGUAAGAGCAACUGGUUAUUUUAGAUACAUCCUAUAAUGACACUAUAUCCUUUGAAAGGAAACAGCCUUUUAUAAGGAUUUGUUCUUAAUUUUGUUCUUAUCAAAUGGAUCUUCUAGAGAAUGAAGCAUUCUAGUGUCUUUAAUUUAAAAUGGGCUGUGGAAUACAGAAUCUCUAUGUCCGUCUACCCCUGGAGAAUUAGGAGAGGGGAGAGCAGACCCUGAUGUGAACCGAGAAAAGGGUUUCCUUUGCUUUACCUAUUGAGCCACCUAAAAAUCCUGUUAAUACCGCAUGUACUUUCUAGAGUGAGACCUGAGAUUCUGCAUUUCUUAACAAGUCCCCAGGUUGCAGGUUGUGCUUUUCUGGUCAACACACUGCUGAAUAGCAGGGGUUUAGAGGAUUCUAUGAAGUUUUUAUUAUUCUCAAAAAAAAGAGAGGGAAUUAAGUGUAUCUUGGUGCAUAAUUAUGUGCUGAUUAUUCUCAAGUUAGGAGUUAAAGCACAUAAACAACAAUGUAGAACAACACAAAAAAUGCUCACAAACAGUAGUAUAUUUUAAUUGAAUUAUAAAAGUGUUGAACUAAUUCCUAGCUGAACAAAUAUAGGACAAUUAAGCCAGCAGCUUAAAGCACCUUCCCUUCUGUUAAUGGUAUUUAUGAGUUUAUAACGAUAGCUGCAACAUUGGCUAUGCAUUAGAAACAAUAUUUUAUAAAUAAUUAGUCCCACUGGGCCCCAAUUCCAGAGAAUUCUGAUUCAGUUGACCUGGGUUGGGGGCUGGUACUCUAGUUUUUGGAGGCUUUCUAGGUAAUUAUGACGCAUAAUUAGGACUGAAAAUCACUUGUGUAGAGUUCACAUAUGUUAUCUAGUUUGGUUGUUAAUCCUUUGAAGUCCUGUAGAGGUAAGGAAAUUAUGCUCAGAGAAGAACCAUCUGGCACCAGGCCUAUAGCUAAUGAAUGGUAAAGCAGAACUUCAAUCCCAGGUCUGUUGACUCUAGAACAUACAACUCCACCAGCCUGCCCUCUCCCUUUCACUUGGAACCAUGUCAAGGAUUUGUUUUAUCCUGAGAGUCUAAUCACACUGCAAGAUACUUGUAGUGUCUAUUCUUGAAGAGAUGUAGCACAUCCCAGUUCAUUUUACUUUUGAGCCUUUCCUUACCUGAUGUGAAAAUGCAAUAACUGUUCUUGGCAAGUGUUGUAGGGAAUAGAUAAAUAUUGAGACAUAAGUCACCAUCCUCUGCCUUGCCAAGUCAUGAACACAGCCCAGGAAGGGGAGUAAGGCUCAUACACAGCUAUCACGUAGUUAGUCCAUCAGUGCAUGUCUGCAAGUGUACUUGUAGCUGACAAAGAAUCAAGAAGCCUGACAUCCUCGUGGAGGAGGUGGCAUUUGCACUGUCCUCAGAAUUGGCAUUUUGGCAGGGAUUUGGAAAGCAAAAGGACUUUUAUUAGAUGCAAAGUCCUGUUGAAGAUUCAAGAUAAGGCACAUAAGUGGGAGGCAGUAGAAGCUUGGGGCAUUUCCAAAUUGGGCAGUGCCAUGAUCAGAGUGGCUCCAGGAAGAAGAUUAGAAGAUGGAACUGAGUGAAGACUGGAGUUGGGGAUACCAGGUAGGAGGCUUUGGCCCUGGUUACCAUGUAAAGAUAGGAACCCGGAGGAUGCUGUAGUUAAAAUGAGAGACCUAACAAUGUUAAGAGCAUUGCUGCAGUGAAAUUAGUAAGGGCUGGUGGUUAGUUGCUUUUGUUGGAAAGCAACUGGAAUGAAAUGAAGAAAGGAUAUAUUUCUGGUUGUAUUGUCCUAGGAGAGACCUAGAUAUUAACUAGUGCUCCUGCCUCUCAGCCUCAAAGCCAGCAUCACCCCUCACCACCUCUUUCGCUCACUGAUGCCUCAGUAUCUGCCUCCUCAGCUGCCUGUGCUGCCACUUGCACCUGUUCAUCUUCACCAGCCCUCUCUGCUGGUGCUUGGUCAUCAGCUUACUUUGUGCUGCCUCUGCCAUCAGUACCUCACUUGCAGCUGGUGUGGCAUGUCAUUGGCCAUCUUUUGUGUUGGUACUGCACUAAAAUGAUUAGAAAAGCGCCUUUCUUUCCCAUGAGCUCCCAAUUUUUUUCUAGAUAGUGGGCAUCUGCAAAUUUCAGAAUUUUUAUUUUUUAUUUUAAAUGUUUCAUGUCAUGUGAAGGAGCAUGGGAUGGGAGGAACCAGUAAUCCCCAUGUAUGCUUAUCAGAGCCCCUUUACAAAAAUCAAACAUGAUAGCCAGCCCUGUUAUGUAUCCAAGAUUUAGAAAACAUGGUAGGAUUUUUUCAGGGAGACUUUUAAAAUGCAUUUUUGUUUUUUGUUUUGUUUUGUUUCAGAAGAGCCUAGAAGGGCAGAGGAAGAGAGGUGGCAUGGUGGCAGAGUACAUUUGAAUUGUCAACAGUCUCUGCAGUGUCAGGUCAAUUACAUCAGCACUUGGUCUGGACCAGAGGAAAGAAACAAUUCUGCCUCCUGGGAAUGUCAGAAGGACCUGAUAAUUAUAUUUGGCAAAGCCACGAGGAGUGGCUCUGUAAUGUCAUUGCUAAGAAUUGCCCUUUUAAUAGCAUUUCUGGAUGUCAGAGCUUUCCAGAUGAAUGGCACUUCAUUUCUGCAAUGGCUUUCCUUUUUUCUGGGCUGGUUCCCAGCUGAGCCUCUUGUUCUUCCAUGUCCUUGCUUUGGGAUCACUUUACAUUUUCUCUUCUGUCUUCCUCCUUCCUGGCCCAGUUACUCUAUCCCUGCCUUCCUGCACUCACAGCAGCUUCUACUCUCCCCUGGUUGGAGGUAGAAACGUGUGAAUGCUCCAAGAAGGGAAGGCUUGCCAAAGGACAGCGCCUUCAGCCUCUGGUCUCAGCAAGGUAGUGUUUCAGCCUUAACUCACCAAACUGUGGAUGGCUUGUUUCCAUGUUAUGCCUGCUACUUCUGAUAGUGGAACUCAAAAGACAGGAAAGGUUGUCAAUGCUCCGUGGCUGCAAUAAAUUCUUUUCUCAAUUGUGCCAUAUAUUAUGCUCUUCAACACAAUUUACUAACCUCUGCCUCAGUUUUUCCAUUUGUGAAAGUGCUGUAAUACUUAUCUACCUCCCUUUAUUGUUGUAAAGUAUAUGUUGGCUAAGCACUUUUAAAAUAAAGAGUGAUGUAAAGCA